AUGGCGACUCGUUAUCAAGUGAUCCUGGCGAUUUCAUUAACAGUCCUACCCCUGGUCUCGUUCGGAGAAAUUACAAAAUGUGACAAACUAACAUCUUGUUCCUGUAAAACCGACAAAGGUGUGGUGGACUUGACUCCUCUCACAGGCACAAAUGGACCCAGAUUUAAAGACUUUCCAGCACCCAGCGGGGACAAGUUCUCCUGGAAUCCCUGCAAGCCAUUCUCAGAAGGAAAGUGCAAGGGUGUAGCGGCUUGUCAAAUACAGAAUCUCAUCCCCCCGUCCUAUUUCAACAUUGGGUCCCAAGACAGCGCAACCUUCAGUAUUGAUCAGGGUCUGAAGCUCACCUACAAUGCUGACACAUUCUUUGAUCAACCUGGGGCCCCAAACACAGCCAGAACCACCAAAGUAUCAUUAGUCUGUGACGAAAGCAAUGAUCCAGGGGAGCUAACCGUUGAUGGAGAGACACCAGCCGGAAGUGCAGUUUAUCUGAUGACCCUGACCAGCAAGUACGCAUGUGAGGCCAUCCCUUCCUCUGAAGGAGGUAUCUCUGUCGGCACCGUCCUGGACAUCAUUCUGUUAGUGGGUGCAGCUCUCUAUAUCUGUGUGGGGGUUGGCUUCCAGAAAUACGCGAGGAAGGCAGAAGGGAGAGAGAUCUUCCCCAACUAUUCGUUCUGGGUAGGUCUACCUGGACUUAUCAGGGUAGAGGACCUGUGGCUGGAUACCUUGGCGACGAUGCCAGAUGAUGACCGGUGCCGACAGCUCGGGGACUACAUGACCAACUUCUGGGGUUCAAUGUUUAAAGACAUAUCGGCCACGACUGGAGACCAAUUUUCCUGGAACCCAUGUAAACCGUUCACAGAGGGUGGCUGUAAGAAUGUGGCAGCGUGUCAAAUCCAGAACGCCAAUCCACCUGCCUACUUUAACAUCGGCACGCAGGACAGCGCCAAGUUCCAAGUGAAGAAUGGAGCGUUGACCUUGACCUACACGGCAACGACGUUCCUUGGAUCAGAACUUGAAGCUGGUUUUCUCAGGACUGCCAUCAUUACCCUGGUGUGUGACAAGACGGUGGAGGGAACACUAAAGGCUACUGGGGAAAAACCAGCCAGUAGCGGAAAAUAUCUCAUGACACUUACAAGCAAGUACGCCUGUGAAUCAUCCGGCUCGGACGUAACGGUAACCUACAGUCUGUCUGUAGGAAGCAUCCUCGUUAUAACGUUUGUGUCGCUGCUUGUGGUGUACGUUGCUGUCGGUGUCUCUGUGCAGAAGUUCGUGAGGAAAGCGGAGGGCAAGGAGGUUAUCCCCAAUCUCAAUCUGUGGUCCAGCCUCCCAGGUCUCAUCAAGGCCGGUUUUCUCUUCACUGUAAAGUGUGGUAAAGGAGGUCAGUAUGACAAUAUCUGAGAUUUGUGACAGCUUUGGUCGUCAUCACGUCACGUCACGUCGGUCAUUCUCGUGUCUACAAUCACGUGACAGUGUGACGAAAUAUGGAGCAUGACAUUCCAAAACUCAAUGACGUUCCACCAACAGAAACCACUACGGCAUCAAGUCGAGGCUGCCUCGUUUUCAAGCGGACAUGAAUAUUAAUUUAGAAGAACCUUCUUGUCUGCUGUUGACGGUGAAGCAGUUUGUUAUGUGGGUGAUUUAGCAAUGCGGUUAAUUGUUAUAAGUAUAAAUAAUAUGUAUUGUUUAUAAAAAAAUUCUAAAAAAGU